AUGGCCGAGGAAGGGGAAGAUUUUUUUAUCACACAGUCCACAUUUAUCAAUGAAAUUUCCGAAAGUAUUGCUCGUGAUGCUGAUAAAGAUGAUGUAGACGAUUUUGCGUUUCGCUUUGGAGAGCCAUUGUGUGAGCGGGAGAUAGAAGAAAAAAGAUUAUACCGUGGUGAAGUUGAUGAGCAAAUGAUCUGCAAAGUAACUGGGCAUAGAAGUGAUGCCGUACGGACGUAUAAACGUACUUCAGACGAGCAAAGGAGGACCCUGUCGGACAUCAUUGCCAAAAAGAGGAAGCAGGAAGUUAUCUCUGAGCCGACGCCGAUUGUAACUGAAACGUCUAAGCCCGAGACUUCCCCCGAAAAAGAUGAAAUGGACACUGGUCGUCGUUUUGUACUCAAUUUCACUUUUCAUUAAACCUACUUCAUAAGUGUUGCUUUCAUUAAUUUG